CCGCGCCCCAUUCUGACUGCGCAUGCGCGGCAUUAAAGCGGCAGUAAAAUGCCGGGCUUUGAACUGGAGCAGGUGGACGGUGGCAGUCCCAUUGACCUGCCCUAUGGAGAAACUACUCUAGGGAGAGGACCAUUUCUAGGAGUGAGUGAUAAGAGGGUGUCGAGGAACCACGUCAUUUUGGAGAACCACAAUGGUCAGCUGCGUCUGAAGCCCAUACACCUGAAUCCAUGUUUUAUUCAGACGAGCAUUGUGGCCUCCCCUCAACCGCUGGAGAAAGACCAGUGGCACUCUCUGCGGAAGGGAGACAUCUUCUCUCUCAUGCCUUGGAAGUAUGUGUACAGAGUGCAUGUCAAGGAACAGGAUGAAACCCUGAGGAACAGCCAGACGUUUGAGGAGGAGCUGGAGAUGGAGAAGCGUCUGACUGAACCAGCAGAGAUCUCUGAAAAAGAGUCACCAACACUUCAGGCCGAGACCCAGAGCUCCACACUCCCAGGACAUACAGGAGAGGAUGCUCUCAAUUGUGCUUCACACACUUUUUUCUCUUUAAAAGAGGAACCCACAGCAAGCAAACAGGAGGAGUCUAAUCUGCCACAGAAGAAGCGUGUCCUGCCAGCCUGGAUGAUGACUUCAGAUUCAGCUAACAAAAGCCCGUCAUCUGCCAAAGCAGGUGCGAGCAGCUCAUUGAGAGGAACCCCAACACAACCCAAAUGCACAACUGGACCCAAACAAGCUCGCGCCACACAGCUCUCAUCAGAGGAGGAGGACGAAGAGGAAGAGACGCCCAAAAGGAAAGCAAAGAGACUGGAGAGUGAAUCUGAAGAUGAGUUGGAAUCUCUGCAUGAUGCUACAGCACCCAGGAGUAGUAGAGUUGCAUCAGUACCGGACAUACGGAACCAAGAGUGGGAAAGCAGCAGUGUGAUGGAGCGUGACGAUGGUAGGAGAAGGGGAAGUGACAGGGGAGUCAAUGUCAGACAAGGAGUUCUAGCUGAAGGGUCAAAGGUACAAACAGAAGAUUCCAGUGAUUCGCAGGGACCCUCGCAGACUAAAAUUCAAGGGUCAAAGGUCACGGAGUCUGAGAGCACAACAAGUACCAGUAAGGUGAAAAAACGACAGCGGACACCUUGUCCUUACGGCAGCUCCUGCUACAGAAAAAAUCCUUUCCACUUUCAGGAGUGCAGUCACCCUGGAGACAGUGACUAUGAGGAAGAGGAGGCAGAUGAUGGUGAUGAUGACAGGCCAGAGUGCCCGUACGGAACCCACUGCUACAGGAAGAAUCUACUGCACCAGAAAGAGUACAAACACACUAAAUCUCCAUCCAAGAGUUUUCCUGAUGAUGAGGAUGAAGAUCACUAUGACAGCAGUUUUAUUAAUGAUGAGAGCGAGGAAGAGGAGGUGGAUGAAGACUCGGACUACGUGCCGGAAUCAGACGACAGUGGAAAAGAGGACAUAAAGCGGCUACAGAAGGAAGCAAAAGCAUUUCUCGCGAGGAAGAAAUAACUCCUUUUUUUGGUGUACAUUCUAUGAAAUCAAAUAGUGUCCUUCACACAAACCUUAUAAAGACAACGAAGCACUCGAGUGUUUGACAGAAGCCGGUCCACAGAGGCAUUACAUGUAUAGACUUGGUUUUAGAUCUUAUAGAAUAUGUAGUUUGGCCCUUUCUUCGUUCUAAACACUACAGAAAGUUCUAUACUCCAGGAAUUGUUUUUUAUUCCUUUUUAUUCUUCUUAAUGUUUAAAAAUAUAGUUCACACAAAAAUGAAAGAAUUGUAAUAAUUUAUUCUCUCUCAUGUCAUUCAAUUACAAUUGUGUGGGCUUUUAUUUGUCUAAGACUGAGUUUAUUUUUACAGUGAGGACUUAAUUGGACCAGGGCAUUCUUUCAAGUUUUCCAGUAAAAGGGGAAAAAAACUAUAUUGUCACCAUAGAGGGAAAACUUUUGACAGAAAACAACAGUUUUAAAAUGAAAGUUUAACGAUUGCAAUAAUACAUUGAUCAUUUAUAUCAGUUUCAUCAUUGGUUUCAUUAUGUUUACUACUUAACUGGUAAAUCAUUAAACAACAGCAAAAGUACAAGCAUAACAUUACUGCUUUAUGACUCUGGCUCUGUUAUAAAACCUAGUGAGCUGCCUUGCUCACUCCCUACAUAGGCAGUUGCCUUCUAAAGUCUAAAGUAUACCUGGUGAAUGCUAGGCAUCAGUGUACAGGACGCCUGGUGCAAAUUUUGUAAUUGGCAGAGUGCUUGAGCACUGAACACGUGAUUUUUCUUACUCCGCAUACUCUGAACACGCAGAAUGCGCAUGCAGUAGCUAGUGGGUGGCAACACUCAAAAUUGAGCCUUUUCUGUCAGGAAGAAAUGCUAGAUGAUGUAAUCAACAGGAGAGGAAGGUAAAAAUAACAACAGUGAAUGUGCACAUCAAGAACGUGUGUGAGGAGACCUGUGUAUUUGUGUAACUUGUGUCUAAAUGAAUAGAAAGAUGUCUAUAUAGGUCUAAACUCCUGAAAAGAAAUAGUCCAGUAUCUCAAAGCAGUCAAAGGGUGCAUGCGCCAACCGCCUGUGAAUGCGCGCGGUCAAAUGAAGUAUACUUUGAAAGGCUAGCGUUCGACUCUACGCAGACACCAAGGGUUCACGUCAAAACCAAAGUAUACUUUGGGCUGAAGGUAACAUUCUAACCAACUCGUGCAAGGCGCACUUUAUUUACAAUUUAUUUCAGUAGAGUUUGCCAUUAGCAUUUUGCUAAUUAAUGGCGUAAUGCAAUGCACUAAUAAGCUUAAAAUACAAUCACAUACACCAACAUAAAAUAAAACUGUCAAUAUAUGAUGUCUUUGUUAAUUCUUUUCAUACGGAAUUAAUUAUGUUUAUAGUCAACAGCCUUUGCAUUAGGAGCAUGCCUACUAUGCCUUAAAAUGUUGUCUACAUAGGCAGCUCACUAGGUUUUGGAACAACCUCUGAAAGCAAAGACAGCUUGUUUUCUGCCGAGCCAAAACCCUAUAGGCUACAAUUUUCAAGAACGGUUGUUUUGGAGAUGAAGUGAUUUUCUGUGACCGAGGAAGUAAGAGUGAGUAAAUGAAGAGGAAACCAAACAGGUCUUAAACAGGAAAUUCAGGACUUUCCAGACCACUGUGUCUUGUAAGAGUCUGAAACCCACUUUUCUCACACACUGUUCAGAUAACAGAAAUAUACAACUGGCAUCCGAGCAUUCAGAAAAGGAACUGUUGAGCUAAACAAAUCAAGAAAGCCUAAGAGCUUUAUAUAAUUUAUAGAAGUUGGCACGGCCGGAGUUCUGCCACAUUAACCUUGUUUACUCAAUGGUUCUGAUUCAAAACCUAGCCCAGCCUCGCAUCUGCUGCCUACAUAGACAGCCGUCUUCUGAAGGCUAGGGUCUCUUUAUUUUUUCCACAUGCCGUUACGUCUUGCGCAUGGUUGAGCUCUCAGCUUUUCAAAGUUUAAUCUUUUAAACGUAUACUCUUUAAUUUACCAUAGUGCUACUGAUCAGUACUGAUACUGAUAGAUCAGAGACUGAUAGUGCUGCUUCAUCAAUGGAGAUUUCAACAUUAGUCUAUUAGUCCAUCAAAGAAGGAUCUGAAGAAACUUAUUCUGGGUUGAAUUGAAGCUCUUACUCAGGGCAGUAUUCCUUCCAGUCAGUGCCUGGUGCCUUUCCCAGUACCUCCACAGUGAUGAUUUAUUUCCUGGCAGAUAUGAGGAUGUUUGAUUCUGCUGUCUCUAAGGUUAUUAAACACUGUGGUAUCUUCAACAAGAAGGGAGAAUGUGCCAUGACAGUUGAUGUAAGCUGCCCUUAAGCCAUAAAAUCAGCCAUGCAUUUAGUCGUUUUGGAAACAUUUGCUUUUCCAAAAUCUAGUGUGCUGCCCACAUUGGCACCAUGUGGCGGAACGACCCGUCUGCCUCUGAGGGCCGUCCUUCAGCCAGGCCUACAAUGUGAGUUAGAUGCGGGGAUGACAGUACAUGUUGCGGCCGAGGGGCUAGGAAGCCAGACUGCCUUCCCCUCACCCCCUUUCCGUGGCCCCAGGGAAAACGGGCCACCACAGAAGCCACUGCCCCUUGUGCCACAGAACCUAUGUGGCCAUCGGACCCUGCACAUGUCCUGGACCAUCUUAUGGACACUCAACGUACCUACAUUUAGCCCCAUUCACUGGGAGGAUACUUUCCCCCUGGAUAUUUUAUUCCCCUUUUUGAUUUUUUUUAUUUUUUAUUAUUAAUUCAAAUAAACGCCUUUCCGUGGCCUGACACAACACUCAAAGUGUCCUGUCUUUUGCUCACCCUGCCACAACUAUUAUAAGGCAUCAAGACUGAUUGCACUGUAAAUUUAGCAUCAGUAAGUCGAAAGUUCUUCAGCUGAAAUUGGUCUGUUCUCACCAAAAUUUGCACUACUGCCCCCAGUGGCCAAAGCUGGAAGUGUUGUUGUACGUAUGAACGUAGGUCAAAUGUCCACAGAGUGGCACCAAAAACAAGUUGUUUUAAGUUGUAAAUAAUAUAAUACAGU